ACCAGCUCUCUUGCUCGCCCGUACACCCGCGCUCACUGAGACCGUUUCCCCUAUUUAUAUAGCCAGCAAUAGGCCCAUCCAUUUAUUGAUGCGGGCCGUGCCGCCGAGGCAACAUGCUCCGGCUCCAUCAAAUUUUUAUUCUCGCAACGUUAUACUUGAAUUUCGGCCUCUUUGAGGGUCUGCCGAUCACCAAUGACACGCAGAGGGAAAUCCUGCGAAAACUGUACCAGCGGCUGCGCGUGGACGUGGAGGACUUUGGCCUAGCCUUGAAUUUCACCAACAAUGAAAGUGAAAUGCGACUAGGGACCAGCAGCGACGGCUGGUCCUUCAGGAAGGUCGUGGACGCGAUUGUGGGCAGGAAGGAGGAGGAAGCGCAGCAGGUUAAAAAAAACGGUGUCUCGGAAACCAUCAACGACAUCAUCCACAAUUUGAAUGAAGUGCGAGAAAUGGUCGAAGGGAGCAACUGCACCGGAGGAGAGCCGGAACCUCACGCCUCAGAGGAAACGGACGAGCACGAGGAUGACCACGAGGACGAGCACGAGGAUGACCACGAAGAAGAGCACGAAGUGGACUCGCACGAGGAGGAAUCUCACGAGGAUGAAGAACAUUCGGAGGAAGACUCCCACAGUGGCUCGGAGGAGGAAUCGGAGGAGCACCAUCAACCGGGCACGGAGAUUUCAACGCACGGAAGUGAAGAGGCAGCUGUUGAAAUCACCACAGCGACGGAGGGGAGCAGUGAGUCGCUGACGACGACUGAGUGGCCCUUCCGAGCAACCUUCCACGAAAUCGGUGCGCAUCUGGGCUUGUUGAAAAUAGUUCCGCGGCCAGCAGCCACGGAUGAGGAAGCUGCUUCUACGACUGAGAGUGCGAUGACGACGGCAAUUUACGAUUUUGUGGAUAAAAUAAAGAGCUCGCUUGGAUAUAAGUCGAACACGAGUGAAGAAAAUAAAAGUGACUCGUCGGCGGAACAAAUAAAUUCGCCGAGCGAUGUUGUAUUAUCGACAGAAGAGCCGGUCGAAAGUGAAACCAACGUAGCAGCAGAGCUCGAGGGGGCAGCAGAAAUGACAACAGCGGUGAGCGAAACUGAAAGUGAAGGUCAUUCAAAUGAUCAGCAUGUCACAAGUGCGCGUGGAGGAACCGCGGGGGAGGAAAACCACAGCACCAGUGACGAGUUAACACAAGGCUCUGAUUCUCCUGGGGAAAAUUCGAAAGAAAUUGCUCUCCCAGCGAUUGACGUUGCAGGCCAAGAAGACGAAAAUUAUGAAAUUCAAGAGGCCGCCACCUCGGAAACCCCCGCAUUGGAAAGCAUCGACCCUGAUCAGUUGGGAAAUGAACAAGCUAGCUCAAGACUCAGCAUGUCAAUUGAAGAUAGUAAAAAUGACGCAGAAAACCAAAGCAGUAAAGAUAUUGAGGCGAUUAACGUAAAUUUAGGCGGAGAAAUUUCCGUCACAGAUGUGCCUGAUUCCAGUACAAUGAGUAGCAAUGCAGCUAUUGAUGAUAGUUUAAAAAUAAGCGAUUCACCUGAAAUCCUUGACCAAUCAACUGAAACUGCAGGCAAGAGUUUAAAAAAAGAAAUUUCGGACGAGGAAAUUGCAGAAAAAUCAAAAGAAGAAAACACUGCCGGAAAAUCUGCUGACGAAGAGACCACAACUGAAAUAAGUGCAGUGAACAGUUCUGACCAAGAUGAUAUUAAAUCAAUGAGCCAAGAAAAUAAAAAACAAAUUUCUCCCCAAGAAGCGCUGCCUGAAGAUUCAAGCGUAACCACAGUGCCAACCGACAGCAGCGACGAUGGUUCAUCAGAAAUAGGAGUAGAGUUGGAAACAAUAGUGGAAGAAACCGAAUCCGAUAUGGAAAGAGAAAAUAAAAUGAAUAAUUUUAUGGGGGAAAUCCUCACACCGGAAAUAAUUCAGGCUGAAAUAGAACGGGCAGCGCAACAGAAAACGAAAGAAAGUGGCGAAGAAGACAAAAACGCCGAAAAUGAGGCAGAUUUAAUAAAUUCUGGCAAAGAGGACAACUUUUCUGGUGAAAUUCUCACUCCUGAAAUUAUUUUGGCUGAAAAAGAGCGAGCCGCGCAAGAAAAAGUAAACCAAAGCGUUGAUGACUCGGCUAAAAGAGACGAAAUUUUGGAAACGAAAUCUGACGCCAAUAAUGUAGAGCAGAACAAAUUUACCACCGAAACUAUCCCCCCUGCAGGUGAAGACGAUAAAAUAGAGGCUGCAAACGCUGAAAGCUACGGAGGAAGGGAUAUAAACGACGAUUUGAUUCUGGUUGAAGCCGAUGAUGAGCAAACAUCAACUGCGGAGCCGAAAUUCACGACGGAAAUGCCGCCAGAGGAGGUGGAUGAUAUAUCAACGGAUCUCAACAGUCGGCGAGUGAUCACUCACUCGGAAGAAAUGGAAUACCUGGAAAAGACGCAAACCCAGGAAAAAGGCAGCUAUUCAGACGAAAUUGAAGAGACCAUUUAUGGCAGCGCAGUUGUGGUGAAUGAAACUGUUCCAGAGCGAGUGAAAGACGUGUUUGAGGAGCUUUUGGAAAUGCAGAAGGCUCAGGAGACAGAAAAUGCUACGGACAAUAAAAGCACCGAGUCCACGUUUGGGAAAAUUAGCACCUGGAUUGAGGAAAAGCUGGACGAGACCCACGAGCAAAGCAAAAAUGAUUCGGACGACGGAAUAUUCGGCGGGAUUAUUUCCGAGGUUAGCUCAGUAGCUGAGAAGGCGAAGGAUGCAAUCGACGAGCUUUUUGAAAUGAAAAAGUCACACGAGGAGGAGAAAGCAUCGCAAAACUCAGCCGAAAGGGAAACGGAGGCAGGACAGGGUGCUUAUGACAGCUUCUUUAUAAAACUAAUCACCGAUGCAGAGAAAAGCCAAGAGGAAAUUUCCACCCCUACAUCUGAACUAACCGACCAAAGUGAAAAUGCAGAGAGCGAAAAUAUUGCGACUCACGCACCUGUCCAACAUGGUUCUGAAGAGUUGAAAACUGAGCACGGAAUAGAAAAAGAAGAGGCGCUAAGCAGCAAAAAACAGGAAGAAGACAAAAUUUUAUCAGGAAGUGGCGAAAUUCCAAAAAGUGAGGAGGGAGGUGGAUUUGGUAGCUGGUUUAAGCAAGUCAACGAAGCACUUCAGAACGAAAAUCAAGCGCAAGAGACGACUAAAAUGCCUGUUGAUUUUGACGAUAGAUCAAAAGAGAUAAAAAUUGCGCCCCGAACCGGAAAAGAUGAUGAGAGCACACAGAAAGAAGAUAUACCGACCAAGCAGGGUGAAGAAGAUGAAUCGGUGAAAGAACCCAAUGAAAGUGCGAGCAAAAGUGAAGGCGGAUUUGGAACGUGGUUUAAACAUGUAAACGAAGCACUUCAAAACGAAAAUCAAGCCAACGCAGAGGAAGGGAGCUCAAAUGCUUCUGUCAAACAAGACGGCUCUGAAGCUGGAGAAGUGAAAUUAUCAAACGAGACAGAAAAUGACGUGGUGAGAUCUGACAAUGAAUCAGUGGGCAGUGAAACAAAAGAGCCCAAUAAAAGUGCGAACAAAAGUGAAGGUGGUGGUUUUGGAACCUGGUUUAAACACGUAAAUGAGGCCCUUCAAAACGAAAAAGGCACAGAAGAAGAAAGUACAAGCACGCAUACUACACAAGACGGCUCUGAGUCAUCAACAGAAUCUGGAAAACAAGCGGAAAUCUUGGGCAGUAUAAGCGAAGAAAAAGAUGAAGUAAAUAUUAGUGGCAAGCAAGAAAAAGAUACCACCGGACACAGCGACAGUUCAAAAAGUGAGAAUAAAAGUGAGGGCGGAUUUGGAACCUGGUUUAAACAUGUUAAUGAAGCACUUCAAAACGAAAAUCAAGACAAAAAAGAGGAAGAAAGUUCAAAUACUUCUGUCAAACAAGACGGCUCUGAAGCUGAAGACGCAAAAUUAUCAAACGAGGCAGAGAAUGAUGAGGAAAAAUCAGACAGUGAAAUGCAUUUAGCUAAGGGCGAGGAAGAGCAAUCAGCAGGCAGUGGAACAAAAGAGCCAAAUGAAAUUGCGGGAAAAAGGGAAGGCAGCGGAUUUGGAACUUGGUUUAAACACGUAAAUAAGGCCCUUCAAAACGAAAAAGACGCAGAUGAAGAAAGUAUACACGGUCAAUCUAAAGAAACAAAAUCAUCAAACGAAACUGGAAAAGAAAUGGGAAUCCUGGAGAGCAGAAGUGAAGAAAAAGAUUUGUUAAAUGUCAUUGGCAAAGAAGAGAGCGAACACAGCGACAAGACAAAGAGUGAAAAUAAAAGUGAGGGCGGAUUUGGUAGCUGGUUCAAGCACGUCGCCGAGACACUCGAGAACGAGACAAAAAGUAUAAUCGAAAAAUUAGACUCCGGCGAAAGGGAGCACGCAGAAAAGACUUCAGAGGCUCCCAGCUCGGUUGAAACGACCCAGGCUUCAAUUUUGGAGGAAAGUGAGGAAAAAUCGUCUGUUCUCAGUGCCAUCACGGCCGGAGUGGAUUCGGCGGUCGACAAAGUCUCGUCCUGGUUUGGGGAAAAAUUGCACGAAAAAGAGGAAAGCAGCGAGCCUGAAGGAGGAAGCGGCCUCGGAGGAAAAAUCUCGGCGGCGGAAAAAGCAUACGAGCGAGAGUCCGAAACUGAAGAACAAACGCUGGAAAAGGACAAAGAGGUAGUUGCCGGUACGACUGAAAUCGGAAAAGGAGAAAAAUCUAAAGUGACAUCUGCGGAUACGAAAGAAACCAGCAGCAGUGAAGAUAAGAAAUUGACAGUAGAUUUCGCAACUGACGUAAUUCACUCCGCGGAAAAAGAGAGCGAAGAUAAGGUCGAAAAGUCUGACAAAGCUAAAGAAAAUGCGCCAGUUAAACUUGGAGAUGAUUCUGCUGACACAGAUAACAAGGCCGCUGUGAUUCCCGAUACGAAGUCGAAUGAGAACGAAAAUAUUCCAACUUAUGACGAGAUCAGCGCAGGAAAUGUGCCCGAUGCAACCAAAGAAAGCGAUGACGUGGAGAGCGAAAACGAAGAAAAUAUCGACCAGGCGGACACUGAAGAUGAAAUUGAGCUGGCCCCGGCGCCCGCCGAGAAAGAUGACAGCAACGAAGGUGGACUCAUCCCUCAGGUUGAAAGUGGAGAGAAAACUGAAGAGCACACACCAGAGCAUGUUCCAGAAUACGAAAGUCCCACAAUUGAGCUCGAGCAAACUGACUUGGAUGAUUACAAUGAGCCGUUCAUCGAUGUUGGAAAAUUGGAGGAGGAGGAGGAGACGCCGGCGGGAGGCACGGAGAUGAAACAGCCAAUUGUUGCAGAGACUGAAAACGUUAAAUACGAGCACAAUUUAAGCAGCAACUUAAUCUCACCUGGUACAGAUCGAGUGGAGCCAUCUAUGCUAAGCAUGAAGCAGUUCCACGAUAAUAAAGGCAACCCUGAGCCCAGGGUGAAUGUCACCUUCAACGCACCCAAGGAUAAGGGAGUAUACGACAUGUACAUUGACAGGAAGGGCCGAAGGUGCAGCGAGUUCACGGAGCUGCCACUGGAUGUGGAAUAUUUGCGGGAAGUGUUCGUGAACUUUGGCUUUUCCAACUUCCAACUGCCGUCACUGGGCGUGAACCUCAAUGAACUGGCCGACAAGGCUGUGUUCUUCAAAGACCUGGAUGACAACUCUAUCCUCUGCGGCACCCUUACCAUAAACCAUCGCUGACAUAAUACACGCAUCCCCGCGAUUCAUCAUUAACGUCGAUAAAAUCAUAGUCAUAAUUUAAAACUCUUAAGUUUAUCAAGUAAAAGUAAGGCAGAUUCACUCUGGAUAAAAAAACAUCGCCGCCUGUAGCAUGAUGUAAAUAAAUGUAAUUUUUAAAACUUUA